UCCCGGGACCAUGAGGCAGGCGGUGGAGGCUCAGGUGUUAAGCCCGCACUGUGAGCUAGGAGAACACGGCCUUCGUCAGAUCCUGACCGAUGUGAUCGCGGAGGUGAGGAAGUCGGUGAACCCGGACCUUGACGGAGCUGAGAUUCUCCACGGGCUCCUGAACUCCUCCUGGCUGCAAUCGCUGCUCAAGGUCUACGAGUGUCUUCAGAGGUACCUCCGAGAUUCCCCAGCCCCGGCUCUGGACUACGCUUCAGGACUGUCACUUCAGUUGCUGGUUGACAUCAGAGCGCUGCCGGGAUGCUCUGAAGACGCCAAUGAGCUUUACCGCCUCCUGAGACAGCCGCACCUGCAGGCUCUUCUCUCAGCUCACGAUACGGUGGCCCAGAAGGACUACGAGCCGGUGCUGCCACCGAUGCCAGAAGAGCUGCCGGACGAUGAGGAGGCCACCAGGAUCAUCUGCCUGGUCAAGAACAAACAGCCUCUGGGAGCGACCAUAAAAAGAAACGAGAUCUCAGGGGAGAUUUUUAUCGCUCGGGUGAUUCACGGAGGGCUGGCUGAUCGAAGUGGUCUGCUUCAUGCAGGGGACAGGAUCAUAGAGGUGAAUGGUUUUCCUGUUUAUGGGAUGGAACCUGAGCAAGUCAUCCAAGUUGUGCAAGCGAGGUCUCAAGGCACCAUCAUGUUUAAGGUGGUUCCCAUCACGGAAAGGCCGGUCCACAACCAGACGAUGCUCUACGUGAGGACCAUGGUUGACUACAGCCCCCAUGAGGACCCGGCCAUCCCCUGCGCUGACGCCGGUAUGAGCUUUAUAAAAGGGGACGUCCUGGAGAUUGUGGACCAGACGGACGCCCUCUGGUGGCAGGCCAAGAAACUGCCCAGCAACACGGCCUGCGCCGGCCUCAUCCCCUCCACCAACCUGCUGAAACGGAUGCAGAGGGAGUUCUGGUGGUCUCAGCCUUAUCAGCCACAUGCCUGCAUACAGACCUUGAGCACUGUCGAGGAAGAGGAAGACAUGAUGGCCAUUGAUGACAAAUGUGUAGAAGCAGAUGAGGAGGCAUUUGAAUCUGAGGAGCUCCGAGAAGAGGAGGAUGACUUCAGCAGCAACGCCCAAGGGAUCUACUUAGUGGGCUUCAGGCGCAGCAUGCGUCUGUGUCGGCGGCGUUCUCACAGCACCAUCCAGCCGUCCUGCUGCACCCGCUGCCCCAGCGCCUGCUACAACGCCCUCAACUGCCCCUACGAGGAGGUGGUGCGCUACCAGCGCCACCCGCAGGACGCACACCGCCUCAUCGCCCUCUUAGGUCCGUCCAGUGUGGGCGUGAAUAAACUUCGGAGGCGCUUGAUUGAAAUGAACCCCAACAUCUUCCAGGGUGCUGUACCUCACACCACAAGAGCACCAAAAGGAUACGAGGAGUCUGGCAGAGAAUAUCACUUCACCAGCCGAGAAAUCUUUGACAACAUGGCGUAUAACAACAGGUUUUUGGAGUACGGGGAGUACAAAGGGAAUCUGUACGGCACGAGCAUCGCGUCUGUGAGGGAAGUUUUAAACAGCGGGAAGAUUUGCGUCAUCGACAUCGAGCCCAAUUCCAUCCAGGCGGUGCGGAGCCAUGAGCUGCGGGCCUACAUCAUUUACGUGAAGCCGCCGCCACCGGAGCGACUCAAGGAGACCCGACGGGACUCGUACAUCACCACCAACUACUACGUCAACCAGCCAUUCAAAGAUGAAGACUUCCAGGAGAUGGAAGAAGCCGCCCAGAAAAUGGAGUCCAACUUCUGUCAGUUCUUUGACCAUGUGAUCGUCAACGACGAGCUGCAGGACUCCUGCGUCCAGCUGCUGGUGGCGGCGAGGAAGGCGCAGGACGAGCCGCAGUGGGUCCCUGCCAGCUGGAUACGACCCACCGCCGAGUCCUAAGGCCACAAAGAAUGUAACCCCCUGUUACCAUGGCAGCAGUUACUUUUUCAUUUUUAUUCAACAGAUUCCUCGCUGUAAAAUCUUAACAUGUAAAUCAAUGUUCAUGUUCCAGGGGAGAAGGGCAUGAAAUAUAACUAUUUUGAUCUUCUUCUUACUUGUGUGCUUGAACUGCAGCGGUGGAAUGUAACUGAGUACAUUUACUCCAGUACUGUACUUGAGUCCAAAUGUUGAGG